GCCGCUCUGUCGCGUUGGAAAAGCUGAAGAGCGCCAGCCGAGGCUCGAGCUUAUCACGAGAUGGGCUACUUGGCAGAGCAGCAGCGCAAGCUGCUCAUCAAGAUGAUGGGCGAAGAAGUGAUGGGCAACGUCACGCUCGACCUCAAGUUCACCGACGACCGGGUCUGUCGCAACUUUCUCUGCGGCACCUGUCCUCAUGAUCUCUUCAACAAUACCAGGAUGGACUUGGGUCCUUGUCCGAGGAGCCACAGCGAGAAGCUCAAGAUCGAGUUUGGCGCAGCUCGAGAGGCAGCCGAAAAGGGUGAAGGCGACGUCGCUCUCAGAGACCUCGAAUCCAUGAGGGCAGAGUAUGAGCGCAACGUGCUAGGGUUCGUCGACGAGUGCGACAGGAGGAUCAGAGCCGCCCAGCGCAGACUCGAAAAGACACCAGAGGAGAACAACAAGACGACCGCACUGAUGCGCGAGAUUGGAGAGAUCCAGACGGCCUACGAUCUCGCCAUGGAGGAAGUGGAGCGACUCGGUGAAUCCGGCGAAGUAGAUGCAUCCAUGGCAGAACUCAGCAAAGCAGAAGCGCUCAAGGCUGAAAAGAUCGACAAGGAACGCGAGCUCCAGCAGUUGACAGACACUUCAGGCGCAUCUGGCCACCAAAAGCUCCGCGUCUGCGACAUCUGCAGCGCUUACCUCUCUGUCCUCGACUCCGAUCGCCGCCUUGCCGAUCACUUCGGUGGAAAGAUGCACCUCGGCUAUCUCACGCUGAGACAGACCAUCGAUACAUGGAAGCAGCGAUCCGCCUCUGCUCUCAUACCUGGCCCGGGCAUGGCUCCUCAGCCCGGAGUUGGUCUCAAGGUCAAUGGCCACGCACAGCCGGACGGUCCUAUGCCAUCCAGUCUUCCUGCCCGGCCAAGCGCCGCAGAAGACUCUCACGGCCCCCGAGACUCCUCGAGAGGUCCAGCAGCAGACUCACGAAGAGGAGAUUCGCCCGCUACCUACUCAGGUCGAGAGCGCGACCGCGAUCGCCGCCCAGACGAACGAGACAGAGACCGUGAUCGCGACGGUGGACGAUCGAAUGAUCGCGAAAGCUCAAAGCGAGAAGAGGGCGAGAUCGAGCCGCAGCAGACGAGCAGAAGAACCGGAACGAUACGAGCGAGAGAAGCGGAGGCGAUAUGACUGAGUCCUUUUGCACACAAAUUUCUGUUGUAGGCAUAGUUUGCAUAGCGAGCAUGCUUGCACUAAUUGCAGAUACGUGAGGUGGUCGGCACACAAUGUGUGGUUACUAGUAC